GCCAGUAUGCUUUCCAGCUGAAGGCUAUUGACAUAGACGGGGAUCAGCUCACCUACAGCAUCAGCGGGCCAGAGGCCUUCUACUUCUCUGUUGAACCCCAGACAGGGAACGUGACACUGAGGAACUCCCUGGACCGCGAGUUCCUGGCCAAGUUCACCAUCACCGUUGGAGUGUUCGAUGGGAUGAACCAAGCAGUCUCCAGAAAGCUCACAGUCAUCGUGGAGGACCGUAAUGACAACGCCCCGGUCUUCCGGAACCCUCCAUCCCCGAGGGAGUGCCCAAAGUGCCGCUCAGCCCGGGCCAGGAACACGAAACCCAACAGCGUUAUCUACACCGUGUUUGCCAACGACAGCGACACUGGGAACGCCUCCAAAGUCAGCUACAGCAUCGAGGAGGUGAUCCCAGACAGCACGAAGAAUCUCUGGCUCUUCUACAUCCUGCCCAAUGGGAACGUGGUGCUCAAUGGCUCACUGGACUAUGCCAAGAACACCUUCUACCAGCUCAAGAUCCUUGCCAAGGACGGCGGGGGGAUGUUGCACAACAUGUUGACCUUCCAGCAGAGCUCAACCUACCUGUCCCUGACCGUCGUUGACCUACCCAACCUGGACCCACGGUUCCUCAACGAGCCCUACUCCAGCUCUGUGCCUGAGAACUGCGCCCUGGGCACCACUGUGCUGACUGUCACUGCUGUGGACAGAGACACGGCGGUGAAUGACAAAAUCUCCUACAGCAUCACCAAUGCCAGCGUCCCCUUUGCUAUCAGUGCCACGACAGGCACCAUCACUGUGAGUGGGCCCCUGGACCAUGAGCAGCUGCCAAGUGAGGAAGUGCUGCUGGAAGUCACAGCACGUGAGAAGAACCUGGACAUCCAUGGCAAUGUGGCGCAGGCCAGCACCCUGGUAGCAGUCAUGGUGACCGACGUCAAUGACAACAAGCCCCAGUUCUACCGCUGCUCCCUUCCCAGCUGCAACUUCUCCACCAGUGCCCAGAACAACUUCAGGGGCAACAUCAUAGAGCACUCCUCCUCCAGACUGCCUGUGUCCAACCUCAGUAUCGUCGCCCACGACCCAGACAAGGGCAUCAACAGCAACUAUGAGCUGUACCUGCAGGGUCCAAAUGCCAGCGCCUUCACUGUCUCCCCCACAAAAAUCGUGGGCACAGGGCAGGUCCAGCUCCUGGUGCAAGACCCAUCCUCCGUGGACUACGAGAUAAGCCAUACCAUGAUGGUGCAGAUCAUUGCUAAUGACACAGGAAACCCCAAGGACUGCUGCUCCACAGCCACCGUGACCAUUGAUCUCACUGACAGCAACGACCACAUCCCCGAGUUCCCCCAGAGUACUUACAACCUGAGGGUGAUGGAGAACAGCCCUGCUGGCACCAUCAUCUCCCCAAACAUCACGGCCUAUGAUCCAGACAGCGGUGUCCUGGGCCAGAUCACCUACGAGCUGCUUCCGGAGAGCAUCCGUAAAAUCUUCACGGUGAAUGCCACAACCGGGGCAGUGCUGGUGCAGAACGGGAGCUUGCUGGACCGGGAGACUCGCUCCAUCUACUAUGCCAACCUCCAGGCCAAGGAUGGGGGCAACCUGGUGGGCACCACCGUGCUGGAGAUCACCGUGCUGGAUGACAACGACAUGGCGCCCAUCAUCGCUGGCUCCUACUUCAUCUCGGUGGAAGAGGGGCAGAACGUCACAACGCAGAUCCAGGCCAUUGAUAAUGAUGAGCCUGGCAACCGCAACAGCAAAUUGGGCUUCAAGAUCUUGCCAGGACCAUUCAGCAACAACUUCACCAUCAAUGCGACCACAGGUGAGAUGCAGAGCAAGGAGCCGCUGGACCGUGAGGCCUUGGAAGAUGAUCGGGGGCAGAUGGUGGUGACGGUGGAGGUGUACGACCACGGCAUGCCGCAGCUCAGCACCUUGGUGAACAUCACCAUCACUGUGGGGGACAUGAAUGACAACACACCCAUGUUCCUGAACCAGUCCUAUGAGUUCUCAGUCUUUGAAGACUCUCCAGGGUCCUUCGUGGGUGAGGUGGAGGCCACAGAUGCCGACCAGAUGGAAAUCAAUUCCCGCAUUUCCUUCCUACUUCAGAGGGGCAGUGGCUCCAGCAACUUCUUGAUCCGCUCAUUCCACCUGGGGCCAGGGUACUAUGGUGGGCAGCUGUCCAUGGACCCUGACACGUCCCUGGACUAUGACAACCUGCAGCAGAAGUUCUUCUCCUUGGUGGUGCUAGCAGAGAACACAGCUGCAAACAAUAUGGGGGACACCGCCAGCGUCUCAGUGGUGGUCCAUAUCCUAGACGUCAAUGACGAGCCCCCCACCAUCCUGCCAAUCUCGCUGCAGGAUGUGCACGUGAGUGAGAACGGCACACAAGAGGGUCUGGUCCACACACUGGUCGCCUCCGACCCAGACACUGCCCACCGGCUGGUCUUCGAGGAGCUGGCGGUCACCUGCUUCAAAGGGGCAAGAAGCGCUGGGGAGGUGUGCUGGGACUGGUUCGUGCUGGCACCCAACGGCUCAGUGCUGGUGAACAGCUCGGACAUUGACUAUGAGCUGUGCGACAGGGUGGUGCUCACGCUGCGGGCUGAAGACCUGUACACCAAGAAGGGCAACCGCUACAGCCAGAAUGAAACCCUGACGAUCCUCAUCACUGAUGUGAACGACAACACGCCACUCUUCCUGCCCAUCUUGGAGACCUUUGUGGUUGUCCCCGAAAUCUCUCCUGUGGACCUGCAAGUGGCUACUGUGAAGGCCACAGACGCUGACUCGGGGCAGAGGGGAACCAUCACCUUCUCCAUUGUCAGGGUGGUGCUCAUCGAGGACAACGGGGUCAGCCGGCCCUUCGAGAACCUCUUCAAGGUGGUGACAACACCUGAGCAGGACAGCUACGUCGGGAGCAUCCAGGUGGCCAGCAACCUCGAUGGCUCGCUGAAGGGGCAGUACCAGGUGACGGUGGAGGCUCGGGACGGCGAGGCACCGGUGCACACAGCACAGACCAUGCUGAACAUCUUUGCGGUGGAUCAGAGCUACCGUGUUCGCCUCCAGUUUGUGACAACGGUGGAUGAAGUCCAGAGUAAUGCUGAAAAUAUCAAAGUGGCCCUGACCACCGCGACCAAGGCAGGGGUCUACGUGGUAGCCAUCCAGAGCAUGGAGGACACCCGUGCCUCCCAGGCAGAAGUCAAGUCGGUGAUGGAGGCGUACUUUGUCUACAGCAACGGCACUGCCCUGGACGUCAACCAGCUGAGUGUCUACAAGAGGAAGCUGAGCGCGAUGAAGGCUCUGAAGGAGGCCACAACAUUCAGCCCUGCCACAGUGCAGCCGGGAGCUGGCAUCCCCGGGACCAACCAGUACAAUGCUGAGGGGGCCAACCCCAUGCUGAAUAUCUCGCUCGAUCCCUCCCAUGACCUGGGCUUCCAUGACGACUCCACCUCUGUGGCCAGCAUGAAUUCCCUGGAUGAAAACACAGUAAAUGCACCCAGGGACGACAACUUCAACGCCAAGCAGGGCAAAGAGCAGCCAACAGACCCCACCGACGAGGAGGUGCUGGUGGCUGCCCUGAACCUGAAGGAGCCCUCCAAAACGGCGUACAGCAACCAGACCUUCAACACCACAGACCU